GCCCGAUUCAGACUACAGAUUGAGAUUAGAUUGAAAUUUUUGACCAAUUGGAGUAAAAGUUACAAAACUUGACAUUAGUGAACUUUACUGAUUGGUCAAAUUUCAAUCUAAUCCCAAUGUCAAUCCGUAGUCUAAUCAGAUAUAUCAGAUUAGCGACUCACGACUGCGAUUGCGAUUACAUCUGCGAUUGUGAUUGGCUAGGCAGCCAUUAAAACUUGAAAUAACCAAUCGUAAUCGCCGAUGUAAUCGCAGUCGCGAGUCGUUAGUGUGAUACGAGCAUAAUACGGGGCUUUACGCUCUCUCCCCGCGAGAGUGUAGGCAGGUGCAGGUUCGAAAAUCGUCGAUCAUCGUUGGUCAUCGGUUUCUAUCGGCGCCAGAGGAUAUAUAAGGAAGGCGCACGUGCCCGGCCACCCUGUCAGUGCAUGCGGACGUCGUUGGAGCGGGCUGCGGAGCGGUCGGGCCGUCGGUGUCGCCGUCGAGUACCGUGUUCUGCCUGCCAUCGAGUAUUCUAGAAAUGCACGGCUGCGAAACCCGAUUAACCGCGCGUACGUUCCCGAAGAGUCGCACGUCAGCGUGGUGACGGUAGUGGCGAUAGGGGAGGGGCGGCAGCGCCCACGAUCUCGCGAGGCUUUCAUUUCGGCUGAGUCAAGUUAGCAGAGCACGGAACGCGCGGCGUCGGAAUGGAAUUCCCGAAUCUGGGGAAGCACUGCUCCGAGAGCACGUGCAACCGCUUGGAUUUCUUACCUCUCAAGUGCGACGCCUGCCAGGGGAUCUUUUGCACGGAUCACAUCACUUACACGACCCACGGCUGCCCCAGCGCGUACAAGAAGGAUGUACAGGUGCCCGUGUGCCCGCUCUGCGACGUUCCUAUACCGAUAAAGCGCGGCGACCUGCCGGACGUCGCCGUGGGGCUGCACAUAGACAACGACUGCAGAGAGAGCCGCAGGAAGGUGUUCUCCAACAAGUGUUCCUCGAAGGGGUGCAAGGUGAAGGAGAUGGUGCCGGUCAAGUGCGGCGAGUGCGGCGCCAACUUCUGCCUGAAGCACAGGCACCCGACCGAUCACGCCUGCAUCGGCGCGGAGGAGGCGCUGAGGCUGCGCCGGCUGGAGGCGCUGGGCAAGAAGGGCCAGACGACAAUAUCGCAGAACAGCGGCAACGGCAACUCGCACCCGUUCCGCAGCCUUCAAGGGACGAUGACCGAGGACGAGGCUCUAGCCAGGGCCCUCCAGGCCUCCCUGGACGACGAGGAGAGAAGCAGGCGUAUGUUGCAACCAGUGCCUUCUGGAAACCGAGAUAGAUGUAGACUUUCGUAACUAUCUACACGUUGUUUUAUAUCGUCAUAGAGAAAACGAAGCUUCCCCCUUGCUUUCUGCGAGUCCACGGGCGUGAAAGCGUGUAUCGCGAUCCUUAAUGCUGGCGCCGAGCCCGCGUGCAAUUUGCGUUUCAAGAUUCGCGGCUCGUCGACGGUGCGAUUGGACGUCGUUUCGCCGUUUUACCGUUCGACUCGCAGAGCGGUAUUUUUUAACGAAGAUGAGAGGCGCGAAUUAUCACGAAAUUAUCGCGAAACAGUUGAUUAUAAUAAAUCGUCGCGAAUCAUAAAUUGCAAGCUGGCUUAAGGGAUGCGCGUACUCGACAACACGUACAACGGAAGUUACUUAAGUAUUAUAUUUGUCGCUCCUAUCCAUUUUUUAUCUGUUAUAUAUUGUUAUAGAUAUAACCGCUGUUAUACCUAUAACCCUGCUAUUACGUCAUACGUAUAGAAAUUAAGCCGUAUUUAAUUAAAUAUAAAAAUUGCUCACGUAAUUAAGCACACUACUACAGCAUCUUAUGGGAUUCCUAAGCAAAAUUAUAUAUAGCAUUUGUC